AUGUCGUCCAUGCGAAAUGCUGUGCAGCGGCGUGUGCAUCGCGAGAGAGCACAGCCAGCUGCCCGUGAGAAAUGGGGUCUCUUAGAAAAGCACAAAGACUACUCCCUUCGUGCCAAAGAUUACAAUCUCAAAAAGGCCCAGUUGCAGCGCCUCAGAGAGAAGGCUCGAAACCGUAAUCCGGAUGAGUUUGCCUACGGAAUGAUGUCAGAAGGCUCUCAAAUACAUGGGAAACAUGGGGCCAGAGAAUCGAAGUCCUUAAGCCAUGCAACUGUGAGUCUGUUAAAGACACAGGAUGCCGGGUAUCUGCGAGUCGUAGGAGAACGAGUUCGGAGGCAGCUUGCGCAAACCGAAGAAGAGGCAAAUCUACAGAAAGGAAUAAAAAGAGCAGAGAGCCUAGGCGGGAAGAAACUAAUUUUUGUCGACUCGGUGGAAGAGCAGCAGCAAGAAAAGGUGAACAGGGAUGAGCAAGAAGAUGACGGAGAGGGCGAUGAAGAUGCCUCCAGGGAACUGACCGUUGAUGAAUUGAAGCAAAUGGCUAAGACCAUGUCGAAGAAACAAGUUGAAGCCGAGAAACGAGCAAGAAAAGAGCUGUUUAUUGCGCGGCGGUUGAAGGAAAAAGCGGCCGAGUCCCGGCUCAAGAAGCUUGCGACACUCAAGCAGCAGCACGCAGAUAUAUCGGCUGCAGAGGAAGAGUUGGCUCUCCAGAGGGCAAAAAUGGCCAGGUCUGUAGGGGGUGUGAAUAAACAUGGCGUCAAGUGGAAGGUUAGGGAAAGGAAAAAAUAA